AUGGCCCAACGCUCCAAAGACGGUCUGCGAUUCCACCUGUUGAAGAGGCUGUCGGUUGUUCCCAAAGCCAUUCUCAACAAACGGCUCCUUGCAAAGGAGUUGGUGCAAAUAUCGGUUCGGCGAAAAUCAACGUCCAAAGACCUGACCACCCACGGCUCGAAGCUUCACAUGAAGUCACUUGAGGCGGGAUUGAGGAUCAAGUUGACGUUGGCUCCCAACUUGUUAGUUUUGUACAAUUGGUUGACUCCGCACGCAAACCGCAAACAGACUUUGCUGGUGUACCACUCCAAUGAACCGGGUGAAACCCAGGCCCUGAUCAUCAACAAUACUGAGCACUUGGCAGAUGUUCGCUUGCAGGCAAAGCCGGUGCAGCUCAUCGAUAACAACUUGGUAGACUUGUCGGUCUUUUCAAAUAAAGUGUUGAAGACGUUCACCCAAGCAUCCAGUAAAGACCGGCCUCGCUCCAGCAAAGGCCACCCAUUGGCUACGUUCAACUCAUUGGACACGGCCGUCCACACGUUAUUUGGUGUGAAUGAAUAUACGUUGGUUAGAGUCACCCGGUCUACUGUUAAAGACUCCGAUGGGCUGGUCCUUUUGAAGAUUGAGACUGCUAAACCGGGAGAAUUGAACUUGAUUGACGACGAAGAGUUCUCUGAUGAGCUUACCCAUUCGAUUGGAACAGUGGACGAUGUGCCUUCCAAUAUCUUCAUCAAGAAGGUGGUUGCCAGGCCUCGUUAUAAGAGUGACAUGAAGAUAUACUUGGUCCCCGGAUGUGCUGAUAGCUGUUUGUACGUCGAUCAGCGGAUGUUUGAGCGGGAUAUGAUCAAUGGAGUAGUCGACAUUAAACUUCCCUUUUACAAGAAUGUGUACUGUGCGUUUGAGUAUUCUGAGACGCUCGAGAUUGUCCAGAACCUUGUGAGACAACUAAAGGAACAGAGUAUGGUGGUACAAGAGCCUUUGGUGGCUGCAAAAUUUGGGUCGUUUUCAAUUAAAAGCUCUCGAUCAAAAAUAUUGUUGCCUCCACUCCACUCAAGUAGAACUAAAGCGGCUGAUGGCAUGAGCCUGAGUUUAUCACUUCCUGAGUUGCAUGAGAGAAAUCCUCUCGAUGUACUCGUAGAGGCUACAGAAUCAUUCGCAGAGGAAGACUUGUUGCGUGCAAGCGCAAAUGUCUCUCCAAAUCGAGUCCAUGGUUCUCCAAGAUAG